AAAUUAUAUUAUAUGUGCAAUUUUUAACAAAUUUUUACUUAUAAAUUGUGGGUGCUGAACUUUACACGCGUUUAUUAAGAAGAUACAUAAGAGAAUUGUGAUAUCUGAUGUCGAGCUUAAUUGGUAUGUAAGUGAAACACGUGAAAGUUUCUCAUUUAUUUUGUGGACGGUGGAGGAAACAGCAAUUUUUAACCAUUUUUACUCGUAAAUUGCGUGUGCUGAAUUUUUCAUAUAUUCAUUAAAAAGAUACUUAUAAGAGAAUUCUGAUAUCUGAUGACGAGCUUAAUUGACACCUAAGUGAAGCACGUGAAUGUUUCUCAUUUAUUUCGUGGACGGUAGAGAAAUCAGCAAAUUAUCGAAUAAAAUUAUUAAUGAAAUUUUAUAAUAAUAAUUGCGUAAACAUCUAUACCGUGUUUUAUGAGGAAAAACGAUUGAUAAUACUCCGUGUCACCAAAUUGCCAAUAGAAUUUCUCGGACGUGGCGAUUCAAAACAUGAAUAUUCGCAAGUUAUGCGAUAGCUCUUUAUCGAACAAGAAUGUUUAUAAUCUGUGCACGUGGUGAAUACUUCGUAUCGGAGCGUACAGACUACACGUCAGCAAUCGGCGACGAUAGCAGCUGGACACGGAGGCGACGAUCAGUAAUCAGCAUCGUCAGCAAAUGAGAGAGCAGCAAACACCUGUUCUCAACGGAUGCUGCCGUUCAUUCGAGCAGACGUAAGAAGAAAUGAAACGAAAUUAGACACUACAUAGACAUCGAGAGAUCGAAUGAUGCGAUACAUGAUACUUUUAUCACACGGUACAGACUUUCAUAAAAUCGAGUGUACGCUAGACAUCUAAAAAGAAAUGAUGGAGGGUAUCUUUAUUACGCGAUAUCUACGAAUCAGCAGGUCAGAUUAGGCCUGAUUGUGGCAAUUCUACUAUUGCGUGACGCAAGCAAUAAAAGAAUGAUGCUUCAGCUUGCUACUUUCUUCAAGUAGUAUUCGAAUUUAAGUUAUGAUUAAUUAAAUUUUCUAUUCGUUAUAUUUCAAAUCGUAAGAUAUCAGCUAUCGAUAUCAAUAUCGAUUUCAAGUAGUACGUUAAGUUUUGCAUGUUGAUGCUUAAACUUACACACACACAAGCGCCCUAAAAUCAUGACAAUUAUCGUAUGGAAGUCGUGAAUAAAGAGUUACGUAGAAACGAAGUUUCCACGAGAAGUAUCGAUCGAAAGCAUGAUACGUCUCGUUAUUGACGUAUUGAGCAUUAGAGUCAUAGUCAAACGGCCUCCAGCGUCUUUCGCCUCCGACGAGACUGCAUAAGCGGCAGCCAAGAGAGAGGCAGGUAGGACAGAAGCCCAGGAGCAAAGAGGCGAGAGGUCGCGAGAGCUGCCGUGUGCACGAUUCGCACCGCGGAGGAGAGACAGCCGCUGAUCAUUGGUGGACAGCGGAGCCGGGUCGCCUAGGUGGUGGGGAAGCCACCAGGUCGACUCUGCAGGUGGGGAAGGCCAGGAGAAGGCGGAGGAGGAGGCGUCGUCGACGCCGCCGCGGCGGUGGUAGUGUCGCGGACAGUGGUAGUGGUACCGGUAGCGACAUGAAGAGGAGGCAGAAGAGGGCGGAAGAGCAGGAGGUGUAACGGAGGUGGUGUAAGGAGAAGAGAACAGGCAAACGGCGGUAGGGUGAGGGAGGAGACCUCGCGGGGGAGCUCGGUUGCGGAGAGAGGGACAGCGUCGCGAGGGUGGAGGACAAGGUGGCGGAGAAGGAGGAGACGCGAAGGACAGGAGAAGCCUCCUCCGCGCUGUCGGAGGACAGAUCCGACGUGCGUCAGGAUCCCAGCCGGACGAACGGACUGACCGACCGACCGACCGACCGACCGACCGACCAACCAACCAACAAACCAACCAACAAACCAACCAACCAACCAUCCAACCAACCGACCGACCGACCUCUCUUUCUCUCUCACCGCCGUCGGAUAAACGGGAGGAAGAGAACGCGACCGGUCGCGGUUCGUACCGGAAGCCGACCGCAGCGCGGACUACCCUUUUUGACGCUACUGUCGUUCGGUAUGCACCCGGUACGUGUUUGACCGUCGCGAAUACUUCUCGAUCGCUUUUGCUGCGAUCGGUCGAGAGUGAAGCUGCCAUUCGCGUGUCGCGACACCGAUUGACAAUUGAAGAAGAGAGGGGGUGGACAGCGUGAACUGAUCAACAGGAUAAUAAACCGGUGCAUAAACUCGCAUGGCUCGGAGGACCGUCAGCGACGUUCUUACAGUUAGUGUUUUGUUUUCGAGUUCGCCACCACCCGUCGUGCAGCGAUGAGAUCCAAGCCAGUGGCGAGGAGACUAGCACAGGGAAGCAGCGACGAAGGCGAGUCGACGUCGGGUGCGACUGGCGGGGGUGGAAGUAGCGAAAACGCAGAAAUGGAGGAGAACGGAUCGACUCGCACGAGCAGCAACAGCAGCAGCAACAAUCCCGUUUACAGAGAUAUGAAGCUACAUCAGACCGGUGGCGAAAUUCCACAGGAGUAUAACCCCCAAUCGCGAAGCGCUUAUCAGCAACGCGGAUACUCGCCGGGGAUGGACCGACAACGGAAUUACGAGAAGGAGCAACUUCAACCGUCGCCGUCUUCUAGAGACGAAGAGAGGAAAUUGUCCUGGGAGUACAGCGAGAAGAACACGCGAAAAGAAUACUCUAGGUCACGGGAUUACAGCAAUACGGAAUACCAGGAUACGAUAAAGCAGGAGGCCAAGGAUCACUCGAGUCGCGAGUGGGUGUCACCCGUCCCGGAAGUCGAAGUCGGCGGUUCGGCACCCGGAGGCCCGUACGUUCGUGCACGCAAAGACAUCCCUCGUGGCGCGAGAUUCGGUCCGUUCCUCGGCAAAUGGGCGAGCGAGCCUUUCAACCCCCGUUACGCGUGGGAGGUUCGCAUAGCAGGCAGCGGAGUAAGAGGCUGGUUGGAUGCGUCUCACGAGACGAACAAUUGGUUGAAAUAUAUUCGAAGUACUGCUAGCUCACACGCAGUGAACAUGCGUCACGUACUCAUCGGCGGUCAGAUGGUGUACGAGGCUGUUCGCGACAUUGCAACGGGCGAAGAGCUUCUUCUGGGUCUUCGAGAACCGCUUCAGCUGCAGGACAUGCUGGGUGAGAACACGACCGAGGACAGAAGCGAUCGAGAAACUGCCUCUCAACACAGUGGAACUGUCGAUGAGGACAAGGAGGACGAGGAGGAAGGAGAAACAAGGUGCACUGUCUGCGACAAGCCGUUCCAAGAUAUCGAACUAUUGGACAGCCACCUGGUGACUUGUCACAGAUAUCCAGCGGAACAACAUCGUUGCGACAGUUGUCCCCGUGCUUACGCCUGGCGGCCGCUUCUGGUGCGACAUCGUGCCAUCGUCCACGGUGAUCUUAGAAAUUAUCCCUGCGAAAAUUGUCCGAAGUCGAACGUUCGGCAGGUCUUCACGGACCCAUCAAACCUACAACGCCAUAUCAGAACGCAUCACGUGGGCGCGAGGAGCCACGCUUGCACGGAGUGCGGCAAGACCUUCGCGACCAGUUCCGGCCUAAAGCAGCAUACUCACAUCCACAGCAGCGUGAAGCCCUUCCAAUGCGAGGUCUGUUUUAAGGCAUACACGCAGUUCUCCAAUUUAUGCCGACACAAGCGCAUGCACGCCGACUGUCGCAUGCAAAUCAAGUGCGUUAAAUGCGGACAAUCCUUCAGCACGGUGACAUCGUUAUCGAAACAUAAGCGAUUUUGCGACUCCACAACUCCAACCGGUCCGCCUGGAACCAUGCCUCAAUUACCGACGCCAGCGACGAGCCCAUUUCUAGUAUAUCCACGACCUCCCGUCAGUCUACCAGGCGGUUUGCCUUUUUAUCCGCCUAGUUUGAUGGGUCCUUAUCCGGGAAUUUUUCCGAACGCUCCGAAUUUUCUGAACACGCCUCUGCUUUUCCCACCGAAGAUUGAAGAGGUCGAGAAAAGGAGCGACAGUCCUAGAAAGGAACGUUUCACUCCUCCGAGAGUAUUGUCGCAACACAAUAAGGUCUCUCCUUCCACGGCAGAGGAAGCCACCUCUACAUUUAGGCCAUCUCCAGCUAGACCUCCAGUUCAACCGACGCCGGAAAGUGACGACGAUCUUUCAAAAAGAAGAGAAUCGGCUAAAAGUAAUGAACGAAAAAUGGAAACCGAGAGUACUUCAAAGGAGGAGACGACCGAGCAACCGUUGGAUCUAAGGGUGCAGACUAAGAAGCAGGACACUAUUUCAAAAAACGCAAAUAGAAAAAGUCGUACUCCGUCGCCAGCGCCAAUACCAAUGGAGGAAGCACCUACACCUCCUGAUCCCCCGAAACCGGAAGAAGAGGUUGCCGCUCCACCACCGAUGGAACUCGAGUCUAAGGAUGUCCAAGGGAGUAGUCCACACUUGAGGACAAGCUUACCAAUCGAACACCCGCCGACCAAUACACCGCCGCAUAUGGCUUAUCCCAGACCGAUACAUCCAAUGUUCCUUGAAACGAUGUAUCGUAGUCCCGCAACUUUUCCGGGAUUUCACAGCGCACCUCCACCUCCCGGUGGAGCUACUCCAGAAUCUAGGCUAAUACCUCCACUUCCACCCUUUGCUCCACCGCGCGGGCUUCCUUUUUUAGGCUCGCUUAUGAACGGGCUCAGCGGCGCUAGACCAGGAGGAGGAUUUGAUCUGCUUGCUCGGCCGCCGCUGAGCGCGUUCCCCGGUGUAAAGCCGUUUCAAGAAGCCGUAAUGUCGCCCCAUCAUCAUCAUCAUCAUCAUCACCAUCAUCACGUCCACGGCAAAAUGAAGGAUCGAUACUCCUGUAAGUUCUGCGGCAAAGUGUUCCCUCGUUCGGCCAAUCUAACGAGGCACUUAAGGACUCACACCGGUGAGCAACCGUAUAAGUGUAAGUACUGCGAAAGGUCCUUCAGCAUCUCGAGUAAUCUGCAGAGACAUGUCAGGAACAUUCACGAUAAGCAGCGGCCGUUCAAGUGUCCGCUUUGCGAAAGGUGCUUUGGACAACAGACCAAUCUGGACAGACAUUUGAAGAAGCACGAGGCUGAUGACGGCAGCGGAGUGGUAUCGGUCGCCGACUCACCUGGAAGCAGUAACGAGAACGAGCGGGAGGACACCUACUUCGACGAGAUCAGGUCUUUCAUGGGCAAGGUUACUUACAGCGGUGAGAGCGGCUACGGGCUGUCGCAUCACCCGGCCUAUAUUCCCAGUCGGCUGCACGAGAUGAACGAGUCCAAGAAUAUGGAGGUCGAGUAUGAUGAGGACGAGGACAGCGAGGAAGGUGCAUCUCCUUUGGAGGAAACGGAUGGAUUGUCGCCGAUCGAGGCCAAGGAAUCUCCGUCGCCCUCACAAUAUGACCUGAAGCUGAGGGAGAAGCAGGAGCUGCUCAAUAAUAAUACCGCGGAACCAGUGAUCGAGAUUUCGACAUAGCCCAGAGGUCAGUCUGGGUGAUCAGCGCGAUCGCUUCGAAGAACAAGGAAAACUCGGCUUCAGUAAAACUGUACAGAACUAAUGUGGGAUAUACGUUCGACUUAGAACUCUCAAUUGUGACGUUACUUCGGAAAUAACGUCGAUGCAGGAUUAUUUAGCUUAGAACGAUCCGCGUAUUUCGACUUUGCAGAAUAUCAACCAUUUGCUUCUACAAAGCGAACGAUUCUCGAAUAUAAUCGGGUUAUUCUUCGCGAUUACAUACCGUGACGAUACCGUAAAAUCUAUGGAAGACAGUCUAUAAUAAUAAUUAUAAUUAUACAUUGAUAUAUCCGUACCAGAAUUUUUUAGGAGAAAUUUAGUAAACCCCAUUAUACUUGUAAAACAGGUGCUCUGUAAAAAAAAAAACGUAAAGAAUUCGACGAACAUAACGAAGUCUCUGAAGAUCCUUGUUACGCAAUCCUUUUUUACACUUCAUAUUUGUUUGCACUGGAAAAGCGUAUUGUAAAAAUCAACGAAUGGACCAUUUAGCCCCCUUACACACGCAUGUCAUAAGCUCUUCUAUAGUCUAGUUCUAUAGUUUCUACAAACUCGUUAUGAAUAUAAACGCGCACGAAAUUCAAUGUUACCCCCAUUCCGCCCCUCCUCGUCCUUAACGUCGAUUAGACGAAGCGCGUAUCCCUGUAAUAUUAUUUAUUAAUAAAAUUAAUUUAUCGUUAUUAUUACAUUGUCGUUCAGCAAAGAGGAUUGUACGUCAUAAGCGAGAACGAUCGAAAUGUCCUUACGAGAGCUUUGCAAAUUGUUAAACGGCUUGCGAUGUAUCACGAUCACACAACGAUUUAAUCACCGAUAUUUUUAGAUAUAUAUCUAAAAUAUAUAUCUACACGUACGCGUUAUUCUCGAUUGGUUUGUUUUUAAACGACAGUAUUAGUUGCAUCGCAAUUCAGAAUGCGGGCGUCCUUCGAAAUUAGAUUGUUGUAAAAUUCCUAUCAUAAGAUGACUGUAAUCGCUUCAAUCAGUUCGAAUUUUGAAGAUUUUCCCUUGGAGAUUGUUGAAUUAUGUUAGAAUAUUGCUGAAUAAAAUGACGUAUUAUACAGGAAAAAAAAUUCCACCCUCUGAAUGCAGGAUCUAGCUGCAAAAUUUAGGAUCUGCGAAGUAUAAGGAAAAUACAUUUUCGCAUCGUGUUCGUGUAUCAAAAUUGAUGUAUGUUAGUCCGCGAAGCCAAAGCGACGAGGAGAAGAAAUUAACGUGCCGCGCGUAAUCAUUUAUUAUGCGCGAGAGUGUGUAUAAUUAAAUAAAAUUAGAAGGUAACAAAAUCCUUAUGAAAAACUGUACAAAUUUCCACAAUUAGGUGAUAUACAUAACAUUUGUAAAGAUAAAAAGGAAGAAGUUUCAACGCGAUUUUUAUUAAUAUAUAAAUACAAUUCUAGAGCGGUUUUUCUUGCGAUAGGCAAGACAGAAGAGUCAUGUAAGCUAACAAACGUUCCUCGCAUUUCAUUCACUUAGUAGAAAUAUUAAAAUGCGUGUCCCUAACGUGUCAUCGAUGAAGCGAGGAAAUUAAUGAUGAGAGAUAAGUAUAGUAUACGCGUAUACAUGUGUACCAAGUACGCUCGCGAUUAAUAAAAAAUGAAACAAAGAGUAUAUUAUUCGUUUGUAAUCACCGAGUUGAGGCUUGUUUUUUCACAUAAAGGUUUUACGAAUACACGUUCUACAUAUCUGUUUCUCUCUCUCUCUCUUUCUCUUACACACACACAUUAUAGAUGAUAAUAAACUUAUGAAAUGAUUAAGCAUAAAUAUAUUGAACGAAUUACUUAAGGAAAACUAUAUUAUGACGCUGUCUAUCUAUACAUACUGUAUAAAGGCAUCCUGUAACUUCAUUAUGAUUACUAUUAAAAUAUUACACUUCAAGUUGGUUA